CAGCGGUGGAGGCAAAAUGUCGGCCCACAAGACAUUUAUUAUUAAGCGGAAACUAGCUAAAAAGCUUAAACAAAACCGUCCCAUUCCCCAAUGGGUAAGAAUGCGUACUGGAAACACCAUUCGGUAAGUAAAUAUUUGAUUGUUAUUUCGUUUUCGUU